AUGUCUCGACGCCCGGCGCCCUCCACGUCUCUAGCAGAUAGUUUUUCGCCGCUGAGAGCUCCUCCACUACGGUCUACAGAACCUGCGAACUCGGUGCCAACACCCACGUCAUCGACACCAGAGAAGCACCCAUUUGCGAACACAACGUCGAAAUUGGAGGUUGUAAGGCCCUCAAUCUCCGGGGAUAUUGACGUCGAGGAGGAGGUAAAACUUUACGACGACCUUUGUUGUAAUUACGAAGCGGAGACGGACAACUUUAUUGCGUCAUGUUCAUCGUCACCUUCGCGCUUAAAACGAAGAUCGGCGCCCACACCGCCGCCAGAAUCCAUCUUCUCCGCCGAAAUUUACCUGUCAGAUAAUACAGGGAAGUCGCACCCUCAUGCGUUUGCUAGCGACGUGCAGGUCACUGGUUGGACGACUGUCGCUGGAGACAAACCACCUUUUUUCGAUGGCGGCCAGGGGAAGGGUAAGGGAGCGAGUAUGGUUGGUUUAGGAGGGGGCGCCUACGUAGUUUACGAUUGUGUCAUAACAACUAAAGAGGGUACCUCGUUCCAUGCGCUUAAACGUUAUACGGCAUUUGAAGACCUCGAUGCCACUUUGCACAAAAUACUGCCACGUCGACUGCGUGGCCUGAUUCCUCCAUUGCCUCCGAAAGCUCCUUUCGCGAGAUUUCGGCCCGCGUUUCUUGACCAACGCCGUCGAAAGCUCCAAUUCUACCUUGCGAGCAUCCUUCUGAACCCAGAAGUUGGUGGGGAGGAAUGUGUCCGGCGCUGGGUUAUCAGGUCGUAA